ACUCGUACUGUAUGCUGAAAACUGGAACUAAGCCAGGUCCAACAAAAGAUGUUAGUUUCUAUGUCUGCGGCCACUGCAAAUUUAGCACUCAUGCCAAAUUGCCACCUCUUAACUGUUCCAUCCACAAGAACUCUGUUGUUGAACUUCAAUCAUUUGUGCACGAAAACAAAAAUCAAGAACAGUUAAGGCACUAUUUCCGAUGUCCUGGCAGAACUACUGGUGAAUCCUGGUGUGGACAUGACACAGUUUCAAAACAUGAUGCAAAAAUUCUUAAAGACCAUAAAGAACCUAAUAUGAAGACGUUGGAUGUAAAGGAGAACCAGUGUAAGCCUGAGAACAGCAAAGAAAAUACUGCCAUCGCUGAAGCUGACAAGCUGAUCAAACAACCCAAGGAUAAGGCUACUAUCAAAUGUGUCCCUUCCAAAACAGAUAAUGGCUCCAAGGGCAAAAGUGAACACAAUGUUAAAGCUGUAAAUAUAGCAGCUGUCAUAAGUGAUUUUGAACACGAUCAGUUGAAACUUGUCCCGACUAAAGAGAAAAGCUGUGAAUCAUUGAUGGAAGUCAGCUUUGCUAAUUUAAACAAGUCAAGGCAAGUUUCAGCAGUAGAAUCUCAGGAUAUGAGCAUUGACUUUGACAAUAAGUCGUUCAGACAAUACAGAGAGUCUCCGCUGCCUGUGUUAAAAAGUAACACAAUUCACCCAUCUCAAAAACCAAUCGUCAUCUCAAGCUCUGAAGAGAGCAGCAGUGAGUCUGAUCUGGAAGAAUGUCUUGGGACUAGAAAAGAAUUUGGAAAGUUAAAGAUCUCAGACAAAGAGGCUGCAUCAGUAGCUCCAGAAAUUGUUAAAAAGCAGUCACAUCCAGUGGAAAAGAAGUCUGAAGGAUGUCCUGAGUUAUCUUUGGUUCACAGUUUGAAAUCAGAAACAGCCUCUUCCUGCUCAGAUUCAAGCACAUCUGUGACUUCAACAAAUAGACAGAUACAAAGCUCACCUUCUAACAUGUGUAAUGGCGAACCAGUUAACAUAAAAGAUAAUGAAGACAAGAAGAUCAUUGUCAACACACAGAAGAGUGGUGAAAGUGAGGUUCUGAAACUGGACGUCCCAUACACGAGAGAAAUGCUCAGAAAUCUCAUCUGCGAAAAACAAGCUCUUGCCAGUGAGCUAGAGAGGUUUCAGGUAAAUUUGCGGCGCAUCAAUUUGACCAAACUGCCAGACAACGGCCAGCGUGUGAUAAAUACGGUCAAAACGAUGAAGGACAGUGUACAGAAAGUUGAGGAGAAGAUCAAGAAAGCCGAGUCUGAACUUGGCACACAAGCCUAUCUUGAUCAGAGCAGCGGUGGAGUUGACCAUAACAGUUAUCCACAGCGUUCAUACAGUCAGCAGAAUCUGCUCCAUUGGAAGUCCAAGCCUGCAGAAUCUGGCCAUGUUUUUCCAGGAUCAGUCAACUACAAUAACAGCAACAGCACAGACAAACUGCAAGCUCCACAUCCACAGUUUGUUCAAGACUUUGGACAUCAUCCUCAACAUUUGCAACAGCUUUUUGCUUCCAACCCUCAAGCAAUGACAUUGUAUGGAGGUAGAAUGACUGCCCAGAGGCUGAGGGAAGUUGGUUCAAUCACAACAGAAGCUAUUGACAAACUUCAUAAGCAGCUGGAAUCUUGUCCUACAGAGGAGACAGAAUGCCCCGAUCCACAUGGCUUGCAGGUGACCUUGAAAGCCCACCAGCGACAGGCUCUUGCUUGGUUGGCUUGGAGGGAGAAACAAGUCCCUCCAGGAGGAAUUCUAGCUGAUGACAUGGGUCUAGGAAAGACACUGACUACAAUAUCCCACAUCAUUAGUCAAAAAGUAGCCAUGGAAAAAGCAGUGAAGAAAUCUAGGUCAACGUUGAUAGUUACUCCAGCUUCUCUUGUUCAUCAGUGGGCAAAAGAAAUUGAGCGUAGAUGUCAGCCAGGAUUACUAAAGUUCCUGGUCUACCAUGGUCCUAAUCGAGAAAAAAAUAUCAGAAAGCUGAUUGAUAGUGAUAUUGUCUUGACAACGUACAGUAUAGUGGGCAAGGAAGUUGGAUCAGAUGAUACAGAGAAUGCUGAGGACCCAGUUGAUGAAGGAGAGGAAGCAGAAGUAACUGACAGCAAGAAGUCAGAAGAUCUGCCAAUGCUGCUCAGGAUCGGGUGGGAGAGGAUUGUUCUGGAUGAGGGCCACAAUAUAAAAAACCACAAAUCUCUGACUUCAAAGUCAGUGUGUCGACUCCGAGCUGCGUUUCGCUGGGUCCUGACUGGUACCCCCAUACAGAAUGACCUCUUGGAUAUGUACUCACUUCUCAGGUUCUUGAGGUUCAGUCCAUUUGAUGAGUACAAGGUGUGGAAAAAGCAUGUUGACUCUGGGAGAGGUGACACUAAAAGACUCAACACAAUUGUUAAGGCCCUGCUAUUGAGGCGGACUAAAGAACAAACAAAUAGUGAAGGUAAAACUCUUGUGCCUCUGCCAGGAAAGACCAGUCGGACUAUCCAGGUGGAGCUGACCACAGAAGAGAGAACUGUUUAUGAUAAACUGUUCCGUAAAACACAGUCGACAGUUUUAGAGUACGUCCAUCGCCAUCAGGAGAAAGGGAGUGAAGCCAAGGGAGGCAUCCAACCUGCAGGUGUUAGACCCAGGCAAGAUCAGAACCUUCCACCCUCAGUUAGAAUAGGUACUAGCAGUGUCAGCUGCGAUCUGGAUGUCGCAAACACGGGUAGUCAAGGGCGGAGCAGUGGCAGCCGUAUUCUGGUGUCAUUGUUACGAGUGAGACAGUGUUGUUCCCACCUCAGCCUGCUGAAGUCUCAUUUAGAUGCAGCAAGUGUAGAAUCUGAUGGAAUUGAGCUGACGUUAGAAGAGCAACUGAAAGGCAUGGUGCUUGAUGACAUGGACGCCAAGGUACCUGGAUCCGUUGACUCUCAAAGCUGUUUCAGAAGUCAUCACUUACUGAAAUGUGUCAUGGAGAUGGUGUCUUCAAUACAGCAAGGUGGAGACUCUACAGCAAAAGAUAAAAGUGUCAUCGUCUCACAGUGGACUCAGAUGCUGGAAGUGGUAGCCUACCAUCUGAACAAGGCUGGUAUACAAUACCAAGUGAUUCAAGGGGACAUACCUGCCAAGAAACGCAUGGACAUUGUUGAUGACUUCAACCUGAACUCACAAGGGCCUUCAGUCUUGCUUCUCUCACUGCAAGCUGGAGGUGUCGGGCUGAAUUUAGUUGGAGGAAAUCAUUUAUUUCUUCUGGACAUCCACUGGAAUCCGGCCUUGGAGGAACAGGCGUGUGACCGCAUUAACAGAAUGGGACAGAACAAAAAUGUUUUUAUCUACAGGUUUUUAUGCAAAGACACUAUUGAAGAGAAAAUUGUUGCUCUACAAGACAAGAAGCGCUCAUUGGCCAAAUCUGUUCUUUCUGGGACUGGAGCCAGUGGCCAGAACAAACUGAGUCUAUCAGAUCUGCGCAUGUUGUUUCAAGUCUAG